AUUAAAUUUUUUUUAGAAGAGUGUAUUUAUUACUUUAAAUAUAUAAAUAUUUGAAUUAAAGAAAUUUAAUUGUGUUAAAAAAUUGAGUCAAAUUAGCUGUUUUUUUCUGAGUGUAAUGCUCAAUAUAUGCGUGUGUAUAAUUAAUCUGUGUGUGUGAGUUCAAAGAUUCUUUGGAUAUUUAAUAUAAUUUAAUAAACAACUAAAUAAUAUCUACGUUACGAGUUAAUCGCGCGCGCGUAUUACUAUUUAUUUUUCAGAAAUAAAUAUAGAGAUUUUUUUAUUAAGCAAAGUGAACAAUGGCACUUAUAACGGCUUACUGGGGCCUGGAUAGCAUAAUAGUUCUAACGACUCUCGUUGUAACUGUCUAUCUUUACAUGACACGUAAAUACAACUACUGGAAGAAACGAGGCGUUUUUGAACUGCCACCAACACCAAUUUUUGGCAAUUUCUCGGAUAUCAUGUUUAUGAAGAAAAAUCCUGGGUAUUUUAUGAAAGAUUUGUAUGAUCAAAGGAAAGGGAUGUCCUACAUCGGACUUUACUUAUUAGACAAGCCGUGCUUAAUGGUUUGCGAUCGGGAGCUCGUUAAAAACAUUCUAAUAAAAGACUUCAACUACUUCGCUGAUCGACACACCUCGCCUGAUACUAAAGAUCGUCUAGGUUAUGCCAAUCUCUUCUUUAUUAAAAAUCCAGCUUGGAAGACCUUAAGAGCAAAGUUGACACCAACCUUCACGUCUGGGAAGCUUAAAAAGAUGUUUGAACUGAUGUUAGAAUGCGGUAAAAAUCUCGAUACGCAUCUCAACUCGCUGAAAUUAGAAGGAAAAGGAAUGGACAUGGAAAUAAAAGAUUUAACCGCCAAAUUUGCUACUGACAUAGUUGGUAUUACUGCCUACGGACUUAAUGUGAACUCAUUGAAUAAUCCAGAUGCCGAAUUCCGAAAAUAUGGUAGAAUGAUUUUUGACUUUGACUUUUUCCGCGGUUUCGAAUUUCUCUCGAUCUUAUUCUUUCCAACUCUGGCUCGUUGGACCGGUAUGAAAACAUUUGGCAAGGACGCUACAAAGUUCUUGCGUAAAGUUCUUUGGGAGACUCUCUCCGAACGCAUGAAUUCUGGUGAAAAAAGAAAUGAUCUCAUUGAUACACUUAUUGAACUAAAAAAAACUUAUAAAGAUCAGGACAUUGGAGGAGGAUUUAAAUUUGAAGGGGACGAUCUAGUAGCGCAAGCAGCUAUUUUUUUCACAGCUGGUUAUGAGACCUCUUCAACAGUAAUGGCUUUCUCUUUGUAUGAACUCGCGAUACAUUCCGAAAUACAAAAUAGGCUCAGGAGAGAAAUUCUCGAUGCGCUUCACGAAACUGAUGGCAAAAUCACAUAUGAUAUGGUUUGUUCACUGCAAUAUCUCGACAUGGUAGUGUCCGAAACUUUAAGAAUGUAUCCGCCGUUGCCAUUUCUAGAUCGCUUAACAGUGGAAACUUACAAGAUGCCAAAUUCCGAUUUAGUUCUCGAAAAAGGUACGCCAGUUUAUAUUUCAAUGCUUGGCAUACACUAUGAUCCGGAAUACUUUUCUGAUCCGGAAAAAUAUGAUCCGGAGCGAUUUAGUGAAGAGAAUAAACGUAAUAUUCCGUCAUGUGCCUAUAUUCCAUUUGGAGGGGGUCCACGUAUAUGUAUAGGCGCUCGUAUGGGACUGUUACAAACAAAACUUGGAAUUAUUACAAUCUUGAGCAAAUACGAAGUGACACCAUGUGAGAAAACUCUAAUACCAAUGGUUCUUGAUCCAAAAGCUGCGCUGACGAUGCCAUUGGGUGGAGGCUUACAUCUCAAUAUCCGAGAACUUCAUUAAAAUUGAUAGAAUGCUAAUUGAAAUUUGAUUGCUUUUAAGCCAAAGAAAUUUUACCCAAUAUUUCAAAUGCAUAAGUUGUAAUAAAACUUGUAUGUAAAUCUUUGAAUGCUUGAAAUCUUUAUUUUAAUAUUUUAAAAAACAGUAUUUUAAAAAUUUUUUUAGACGCAUAAGUUUUAAGAUAUAAUGAAAUAAGAUACAAUAAAAA